GCGUGGUUUGGGUGCUAAACCUUUGGACUCGGCUCGUGCUGCCUCGAAAAAGCUCGUGCGUGCCAGCUCCCGGUGAACUGGGACGACUGGUUUGCAGGCUGCGAAGGAGGCUUCCUAACCUCCGGGGUCGUUCAUCCGCACCCCCUGCCCCGGCGCGGCGGGGCACCCGCGGCAGACCGGCACCGUGAGAUGACUUUUGAGCAUCUCCUGUGGUGGGUGGUGUUUGGCUUCUGCUGGACGGUCAGUGCUGGGGGGUGUUGGAGGACCCCAGCGGAACGGGGAGCUCCUCCAGAGCCCCAUUUAGGCUCUUAACAGCCCGCGGGUGCCUUUCCGAGCUGCGGUUUCACCCCCGGGGUCUCCCUUCUGUGGUGGUGCUCACGGUGUCUCCCCUCGCAGGACUCUGAGUUCAGUAAUGCUGAUCAGAUGGACCUGUACGACGACGUGUUAGCAGCCAGCUCGCAGCCCCCCGAGAGCCGCACCAGCAGCUCGGAGGCGCCCCCGGAGAUCCGCCAGGAGCCGUCCCCCAAGCCCCACAACAAAUCUCCCGCCAUCCUGUACACCUACAGCGGGCUGCGCAACAAGAGAGCCGCCGUCUACGUGGGCAGCUUCUCCUGGUGGACGACGGACCAGCAGCUGAUCCAAACCAUCCGCUCAGUUGGUGUCUACGACGUAGUGGAGCUGAAAUUCGCAGAGAACCGAGCCAAUGGCCAGUCAAAAGGGUACGCAGAGGUGGUGGUUGCCUCUGAGAACUCAGUCCACAAACUCCUGGAGCUCCUGCCCGGCAAAAUCCUCAACGGGGACAAGGUGGAGGUGAGGCUGGCAACCCGGCAGAACCUGUCACAGUUCGAGGCGCAGGCUCGCAAACAAUUUGUCCAUCCCUGCGGAGGUAAGGUCCGCCUCAGCCUUGCUCCGCUCCCCCCCCUCCCCACCCAAGGCGAUUACAGCGACGCCAUCGAGACCCUCCUCACGGCCAUCGCCGUCAUCAAGCAGUCCCGCGUCGCCAACGACGAGCGGUGCCGCGUCCUCCUCUCCUCCCUCAAAGACUGUCUGCACGGCAUCGAAGCCAAGUCCUACAGCACGGGCGCCAGCAGCAGCUCCUCCAGGAAAAGACACCGAUCUCGGGAGCGCUCUCCCAGCCGAUCCCGUGAAAGCAGCCGGCGACACCGGGACCUGCUCCACAGCGAGGAUCGACACGAGGACUAUUUCCAGGAGCGGAACCGGGAGCACGAGCGGCAUCGGGACAGGGACAGAGAGAGGGACCGGCACCACUGA